CUGCACACGUGUAGAGUUAAAGUAUACUCAAGGGGCUGACCUCAUUCAUACCAUUAAAUCCUCUGGAAGGAGCUGGUGCAGAAUGUGGAUCUGGGCUCUGCUCCCAAUCUUGCUGGCCAUCUUUGCGGCAGGUGGCCUCUGGGCUGUGUUUUCCAUGGCAGUGGUGAACGAGUCUGUGAACAUCACCGUGGAGUUCCCCUACAUCAGUGUCUGUGGUGCAGAGCCUCCUCAGAGUUGUCUCUUUGGCCAAGUCAUGAACAUCGGGGCAUUCCUAGUGACGUGGGUUUGUGUCAUCAGAUACCAGCAAGUGGUGGACUAUGGCUGCCAGUCCUGGCUGAACAUCGGCAGCUUGGUGACGGGCUGUCUGUGUGCUGUGGGCGGCUCUUUAGUGGGGAACUUCCAGACUGUCAACCAAAUUCAUGUCCACCUAGUGGGAGCCUUUCUCGCGUUCUUCAUUGGGAACCUUUACUUCUGGCUGCAGGUGGUGUUGACCUAUAGACUCAAGCCAAGGCACGGGGGCAAGUGGAUUGGGCCUGUGCGGAUUAUCUCCAGCCUCACGUGCACAGUCUGCCUCAUCUUGUUGGUGCCCUUGCACCUCUGGGAAUUACGGACUGAGGCAGCCAUUUGCGAGUGGGUGGCAGGGAUGGUCCUCCUCUUCCUCUUUGGGCUCUUCGCCGUGGACUUUGGGCAUAUCGAUGGACAUUUCUUCCACGUCAUGCGGGAGAAGACUGCCAUGCAGAAUUCGACCACCAGGCUCGAGCUGUAGCAGCAACAGCAGCGUCAGACUGGGAUUCCCGUGUUCCAUCGGGAUCAUGCUCAGUGGUUUCUGAAGUGCCUCAGGAUAUUUCACCACGUUCCCUUGCAAGACAUUUUACCUCGCUGACUUGGAGUAACCUAUCUACCUUGGAGGACAUUUUGCCACACUCCCUUGAAGGACAUUACACCACACGCACUUGAAGGACAUUUCACCAUGCUCCCUUGAAACAUGGUGAUGUUUACCAUGGCAGCAUGGUGCAGCUCAGGGCAUUUCAUCACGCUCUCUGAAAGGGCAUUUCACCACGCUCCCUGAAAGGGCAUUUCAUCACGCUCCCUGAAAGGGCAUUUCAUCACGCUCCCUGAAAGGGCAUUUCAUCACGCUCCCUGAAAGGGCAUUUCAUCACGCUCCCUGAAAGGGCAUUUCACCACGCUCCCUGAAAGGGCAUUUCACCACGCUCCCUGAAAGGGCAUUUCACCACGCUCCCUGAAAGGGCAUUUCACCACGCUCCCUGAAAGACGUUUACCCAUCCCCUGAAACAUUUUAACCACAUCAAGGGUGCUACACAAAUGCAGGUUACUAGAGAGAGAAAAUUAAUUCAAUCAACAGAUUAGUUUAUAUUACUUAAGUGGAUCUAAAAAGUAGGAAAAAUAAGAAUCUUAUCAUUUACAUUCUUCUUUUUAUUCCAAGUCCAAUUUGAGUUUAUCAUUAUUGUACACACAUGUAUGCGUCGGUGCAAUGAAAACUUAACUCGCACCAGGCAGACAACAUCAGAUACGCAGCAUUGACAACAAAACACAAGUUUUUUCUCAAUUUUUACAAGAAUGAACAUGAUUAGAAUAGAAUAAAGUCCAUUCUAGUGCAGAGUGGUGAAAGUGGUCAAGGUUCUGAUAUUCUGAACUAGUGAUUAGGGUUGCACAGGGUUGGUUCAAGACCAAGAGAAGUGGCCGUUCCUGAAGCUGGUGGCCUGCACCUCAAGCUUCUGUGCCCCCUGUACAAUGGUGGCUGAGAGAAGAUGGUAUGGCCUGGGUGGGGGAGAUCUUUGGUGACAAACGGUGGCUUCCUGAGACACCACUUCACAGAGAUACACUGAUGGUGUAACUGAUGAGCGCUGACUGACAUUAACACUGCAGAUCAACCAGUGAAUGGGCUAACAUACAUGAAAGGCUGAACGACUUUCUCUGCUUUCUGUUUUCCAGGAGGGAGUAGAUCUACCCAACCAGCAGAUUUGGAGUAACAGCAAUGGUCAGGGGAAUGAGGAAUUACUCACUGCCUGUUUUAACCUCCUGUCCUUUUGUGUGACUGAAUGUCCCUUAACAGGGCAAUGUGGAUUUAGGGUAACUGGUUGUAGGACAAGAGGGGAAUUGUGGAAAGAUGUUUCUCUCCAGGUGGUGAACACGAGAGAUUCUGCAAAUGCUGGGAAUCCAGAGUUACACAUAGAAGAUGCUGGUGGAACUCAGCAUCCCUGGAGAGGAAUAGAGAGCUGAUGUUUCAAGCCGAGACUUUGAUGAUGAUCCUGCAUCAAGGUCUCAACCUGAAUUGUAGACUUUCCAUAGCGGCAGCCUGAACUGCUGAGUCCCUCCAGCAUUUUGUGUGUGUUUUCUCCAGAGGGGGCUGUGGUUCUGGAAUUUAAUGGCUCUGGGAUGGGAGAAACAGAUAGCUUGUCAAACCCCUUGUCAAACGUAAACAGUCAUGGCAUGGGGAGACACCACACUGCCUCCUCGCCCUUGUCAAACAUAAACAGUCUUGGCAUGGGCUGUGGUUCUGUGGUUCAUUGUGGCAGUGGGGGUAUAGGACUAUAGGGCUGUGGGGCUCUGGGGGUUCUGACAAGUGCUAUGGGGCUGUGGUUCUGGGGGGUUGUGACCAGUGCUAUGGGGCUGUGGUUCUGGGGGUUUGUGACCAGUGCUGUGGGGCUGUG